AUGCGAAUUACUGCUGUUUUAACCUUUACAAUCUUUGUAUAUCUAUUGCGUAAAACUUCGUCAACUGAUUAUGACAGAGUUCAAUUAGCAGCAAAUGAUUAUCUUUUUGUUUUUUAUGUAACAAAAUAUGUUAAUUCGGAUGGUUUUAUUCAUUAUCAAUGCGCAAUGUUAGGAAAUCGAGUGUUUAAAGUAGAUUUUGAUUUUCAAUCUAUUCACUCGGUAUCCAUUGGUCGUCGACAAAACCAAUCUCAACUUUAUUUUAUCGUUUCUGGUAACACCAAUAAGUCGAAUUUCUAUAUGNUUCAAUUAGCAGCAAAUGAUUAUCUUUUUGUUUUUUAUGUAACAAAAUAUGUUAAUUCGGAUGGUUUUAUUCAUUAUCAAUGCGCAAUGUUAGGAAAUCGAGUGUUUAAAGUAGAUUUUGAUUUUCAAUCUAUUCACUCGGUAUCCAUUGGUCGUCGACAAAACCAAUCUCAACUUUAUUUUAUCGUUUCUGGUAACACCAAUAAGUCGAAUUUCUAUAUGACCAAAAUUACCGUUCAAUGUUAUCAAGAAAACAGUACAGUGUUGCACAAAGAGACGGUGUUCUUUGAAAAUCAUUACAUGUCAUCUAUGAUUGUCAGUGUUGAUCCUCAUGGUCAAUUUGCUGUUGGUGUUUCCAAUACAUCUCUUCUCUAUUAUAAUUUGAAUGAUUUACAACAUUUUUCGUAUGAUGUAACUUGGCCAGAUUUGAAAGAAUUUCUACCUUUAUCAAUUGAUAUAAGUGAGAAUCGGAUUUAUAUUGCAGGAUAUAUUGAAAUGAAACGUUUGGUUGAGAAUAUACGUGAAGAUAUGAUUUAUAUUCAGACGAGAAUAUAUUUAUUAUCGAUUGAUGAAGAAAAACAUCAAAUUCAAUUUUAUGAUCAAUGGAAAUUCAAUGAAUUCACCAGUAAUCUCAUAAUGAAAUUGUCUCUUCGUGUUAAUUUGAAUAAUGACCGUGUUUUACUUGGCAUACCAUCGAUAAAUACUGUCUAUUCAUUUAUUACCAACAAAACAUCGAAUCGUCUUAUACCACUUAGUUCUAAAAUGAAAAAGAAACUCUUUAGAAUAAUUACUGGAUACGGAUGGAUUGUUGAUUGGUUUCAUGACAGUAAUAAAGCGAUUAUUGUGACUGUUGAUUACGAAAGUAACAUUAUUAAAAAUUCAAAUCCUUAUAUUGAAUAUUAUGAUAUAUAUGAUGACGAAGUUUUCAAUGACAAAAGUAUUCCAUUCGCAGUAUUUCCAACCAUCGAUCAAACCGAUCGCUACAGUCAUGAAUUUUCUAAAUAUCAUCUGAUUGUUUUAACAACAACAUCAUCUAUACUUUAUGCAAUGAAUGACGAUGAACAUCUUUUGAUUAUUCCAUCAUCUAAACCAGGAUAUUUAUCUGUUGAUCAGGUUUUUGUAACUGAAUAUAUCACACAUGGACAUCGUCGACAUAUCUUCUUAUCAAACAGUGCUCAAUGUCCACUUCAUACAUACAAAAACGAUACUGGACCGUGGCCAUGUCGUAAAUGUCAAACGAAUUCAUCUCAAUAUGAUGUUGAUAUGACAUGUCCCGAAUGUAAUAACGAGUUAUUCUGUCCACUUGAAUUUGCAACGUUUUCAGCGAAUUUGUUUGAUAUUGAACAGUAUUAUGGUUAUCCUGAAACACCAGAAAUUGAUGUUUUUAGUGAUAUUCUUAUACGUAAUAUGUUUCGUACUAAAUGUCUUCGAACAUCGCCUUUUCUUAUUAUGAUAAUUACUUUGUUGGUGAUAUUAAUUCUAUCAAUAAUUAUCGGCUUUUUAAAAUUCAGUAAACGAUUAGCAUCGAAAAACGAACCUUUCAUAAAAGGUUUCCGAUAUCUUGAUUUGAUUAAACAAGGUCAAUCAUGGUUUGGAGGAUUAGUUAGUAUUGUAUUGUUUGUACUGCUUGCAUUUGCAAUUAAAUUUAGUUAUUCUUAUCAUUAUCUUUAUCCAAUUGAAAAUCAACAUUUAAUCAAUGAAAAUUCUUGUUCAACAAAUCUUCAUUUGAAUGCAAAAUUUGAAAGCAAUCUUCAAUACUUAACAAAACCAUACGGACAACUUGAAGAGAUAUUUCGUCUCUUAGAUUCACAAGAAUUUUUAAUGAACAUCGAAUUGAUCAACACAACAUUUCAUUGCGGACGAUUAUUCAUUAAUUCUCAUAAUUCAGUGUCUUGUUAUACACGUGAUUUUAAUUUAUAUGCAUCGACUAAUUUAUCAUCACAUAAAGUACCAAUAUCUUUAACACUUCAAGGAAAAGGAAUCAUAGAAGCGAUGCGUAUUGGUUUUAUUGGAUCAGAAAUUCAUCAAAUGAAUAAUUACGUUCAAAAAGUCAAUUUUUCCAAAGUAUUUUAUUAUACAAAUCGAACCAUAUCGAUGCAAAUGGUUCAUUCGAUUGAUUUACAAUUAACAAAGAUAAUUAAUAUCACCGAAGGUUUGACUGAUUCAGAUUUGACAAUUUACAGCGGUUUAUGGUCGGUGAUAUUUCAUUUUGAUCGUGAUCGAUUAUUUGUCGAAACAAAUCAAGAAUUUGACAAAGAUUCAACAAAAGUAUCAUUGAAAUUUUUUGAAACGUCAUUUUUUAUCCAAAAUCGACAAAAACCCAUUGCACGAAGUCCGGAGAUUAUUUUCAGUACAAUUUUAUUCAUUUGUAUGUGUUUGGAUUUAGUGUGUACGAUAUUUCUUUUGAUUAAAUUAUGGUUGAAACCAAUUCUGAAACUUAUGAUUAUCAAAGUGUCUUCAUCUAAUUGUUGGUUUUAUCAAUUCAUCGAUGGAGAUAAGUCAAGUAUUUCAAUAGAAAUGGAGAAUUUGAAAACGGAAAUCGGCAUUUUAAAAAGAAUAUUAGCUACGAAUGAAACGUUUAUCAGAAGAUAUAAGAGAAAAGUUUCUAUUUGA